AAGAAGAGAUAAAUGUCCAUAAAGCCUAUGGCUAAGUUUUCAACACUUGACCAAGUUACUAAUAAAAUAUUGUAUGCCUUGAUAACCCAUUUGCAAGUUCCUUUUAGAAUAAGGAAUAGUUUAGGAAAGUAUUUGGUUGUCUCAGCACCAGCUAGUGGAGGAGAGGAAGGAGGAUUGGACACAGUGGCCUUUGCAGACCCUGAACACUCAGUAGCUUUAUGUUUUCUGUUGGUGGCUAAGAAGGGACGUAUCAGUUUAAGGACAGUUGUGGAAGGGAAAAAUAAUGGCAAUUCAAAACUUUUGGUUUUCAACCAAGCAGAACCUCCAAACGUUCUCUUAAGAAGCACAGCUGAACAAGGAGACCUUGUAUUGAAACUUGUACAAACUUCAAAGUUCUCUUGGUUCUUAAGCAACUCGAAGGAAUCCGUUUACGUGGGUUGUAAGAAAAACGACCAAUUCUUUUUCAGUGAACAAGAGGCACAGGCGGCUGAGUUGUUUUUGGAACUUGCAGAGUAUUCUUUAUUGAAAAAACUUGAAGUGGCGCUGAAUUCAACAAGCAUACAAACCCAGUACAAGAAGGAACUGAGGAAUAGAGUGGAUGGAAUCGUUGAAUCUCUAUCGGGCAAGUUUAUAUCUCCCAUACUUGGUGCGUUCUAUUCUAUCGUCUCUAGUGGAGCAAUCGUUCGUCUCCAGUCCCAUCAUAACAGUUGGUUGAAAGUCGAUUGGUCUCGUGAUCCUCCCAAACUUUGUACGACAAGUAACAAACAAGACCCUUGUACGGAGUUUCACAUUAUUGGAUUGUCUUCAACUGCGCUUAUUUUUCAACGCAAAUAUUUUAUGAAUGUUUCUUCUGAUCAUUCCGUUUGUUUUACGAAGGAGCCUUGUUUUAUCGGUUUAGAGUUUGACUUGUCUUGUAAACGAAUGGCUAUAUUUAUCCCUUUUAUAGAAGAACGACUGUAUUUAUGCGUCACUAGGAAGCAGAAUAUAGAGUUUCACCGGAAGAAGAGAGCUUGGGAAUUACUUCAAGUAUUUGUCAACGAAGAACAUGUAGAUACGAUAAUUUCGAAGUGGGAUAAGAAGCCAGUUGUCGUUAAAAAGCAGCAGGAAAGUGAAAAGGAGUCUAACAAGGACUUUUGUUAUUCUAAAGCUAUUGGAAAUGCCGAUAACUUACCUGCCGUUUCAAAUGGAAAGAAGAAUUCUUCGGAGAAUAAUGAGACCAAAGCCAAGAAUCAUACUUCUCAGGUACCGCAACCUCGAAAGAAGAAGAAUAAGCGAAGAGCGAGACAAGAUAUCCAAACUUCUUGUUCUGAUGCAGCAUCAUCACAAACCAACACAAAGAAACAAGAACUGCGUUAUAAAAAGAAAGAUUUGGAGGAGGUCAAAGAAAACCGUAUUUCUCCUGACACCAAUGAUCAAAACGGAGAUAAUUCUACUCUAAAGUCUUCUAUUGGUGAACAAGCCCUUCAACCAUCGUCUCAUUCGUCUCGAGGUUCCAAUCAUUUAUGUGGGUCUUGUCAUCAGCCGAUCAUGUCAAGUUAUGCCACGGCAUUGGGAAAGUCUUUUCAUCCAGAAUGUCUUCGUUGCUUCCGUUGUGGAAAGACUCUUGUGACUAGUGGAGAUGGAAAUUUCCGACAUGGAAGUGGAAAACCUUAUUGUAAUGAAUGUUAUGCUCAACAUAUUGCGCCUCGUUGUGCGAAAUGUUUACAACCCAUUGUGGACACAGUAACCAAAGCAAUGAAACAGAACUGGCACCCACAAUGUCUUAUUUGUACACAAUGCAAUACUCCACUAUCUGCCGUCUUUUACUUGUUUCCCGAAUUACCUCGACAUCCGGUAUGUUCCCGUUGUGCUGUGGGAAUAGAACAAAAUGAAAUGCGUCGGAAACAAAUGAGAAAUCAAUCUCACUUAUUGUCGACUACAUUUCGACUGGGUACUCUUCGACCUUUUGGUAGCAGAUAGAGGGUUUUAUGAUUCAACCAAUGAAACUGGUUUUUGUAUGAAUUGUAAACUAGAAAUAGCCAUCUUAUUCUUUGAU